AUGGAGGUUUAUAAAACAUCAGUAUCAGAAGGUGAAGAGGAGGCUAUGGAAGAGGAUUCAAUAUGGAAAAGUUUUGAAGCAAAAGUCGUAAAAAAUACAUCGACAGUAGCCGCUUCAAUUAUUGAAAUGAAACAGUACGCAGAGGAGAAUAACAUUAAGAGAAAGGACGACCCCCUAAAAUGGUGGAAAAUAAGGGAAGCAGUGUAUCCAAAUUUAUCAAAGUUGGCAAAAAAAUACCUAGGUGUAACGGCAACUUCUGUUCCAAGUGAACGAGUGUUUUCUAAGGCGGGCCAAGUGGUUUCGGUUCGUAGAAGUAGACUUAAACCAAAAAAUGUAGAAAAAGUUGUGUAUUUAAAUGGCAAUGCGCAUUCAUUUUAA